UGGCUGGUGGGAGGUCUCUGCUUCUUCAGUAUGGAGCAUUUCAGCAACUAGACACCGGCCAGCUGAGGAGAAGUCACUUUCUGGAGCUUCCUCUGUUGAGGGUGUUUGUGCUUCUCCAUUUAGGAAAUGCCUCUUACCUUUAGUAGCCUACCAAUCAUAGCAACAAGCUAAGCCAGGAUUGGUGGUUUUAGAGGUGGUGACAUUGGGAGGAACAUCUCAGAAGGAGAGGCAACGAGAUCAGGUUGUGGCCACCAGCUCUGACACUCAUUACUUCUAGGAGUAGCAGAAGCUGUGGAGCACUGGGGGUCACUGACUGCGCUCCUGGCCCUGCCAGCAUGUUUUUGUAAAGCCUUAUGGGGAGGUUUAGGAUGAGGAAGUUAGAUGAUGACCAGGAGGGUUCCUCUGCAUGGACCUGGUGACUAAGUUCCUCGAUGUCUGCUCCGCUACUGGUUUGGGCCGUGCUUCUGCACUUGGGAAUCGACCAGUCCCUGGCCAGAGGAGGAAAGUCAUGGGAGCAAUGCACAGACCUGCGUCCUUUGGAUAUUCUCUCUGAAGUGGUUCCCAUGAACGGGGUGAAGAGUGGAAUACGGAUGAUCCAAAUACAAGGCGCAAGGGGCUUCCAGUUCUCGGCAAUGCGCCCUCGCUUCCUCAGCUUUCCAGCAUCACGGAUUUUCAUUUAUUGUGACCUUUUCCCAGAGGAAUUCUCCAUUGUGUUCACGCUAAAAGCAUUCCACAUGCAAUCCAAGAGAAACGAGUACAUCUUUACGAUUUUGGAGGAAAACAGUGACACUUUGCUGCUUGGUCUCCGAUAUUCACGGAAUAAACUUCACUUCCUCUUCUGGAGCAGAGAGCUGUCCAAUGGCUGGCAGACGCGGGUCACCUUCCGGGAUGUGUUUUUGGCAGACAAUCAGUGGCACACACUGGUACUGGCAGUAUCUAAAGGCUCCUUCUCUCUCACUGUGGACUGCAGCAUCCCCACAGAUGUGAUUGUGGAUUCUGCUUUCCCCACAUCCUUGACUGUGACUGGAUCCCGCUUUUAUGUAGGGAACAGAAGGAGAAGAAAGGGUUUCUUUAGCGGCUUGUUAAGGCAGCUAGUCCUGUUGCCAGGAUCUGAUGCUACCUCACGGAUGUGCACUGGCAUGAACUUUAAUCUAGCAGUGCUCUCCAUCCCCAAAAUUCUGCAGGAUCUCCCUGUGAAACCAGUGGACAAUGAGCUGCUGAAAUAUCCUUACGAAGCAGACAUGAAGGUGACUUUGGGGUCCCGCCCUCCCUGUACUAAGAGCGAAAGUGGCCAGUUCUGGUUUAAUGCUGCUCAGAAAGGACUGUAUCUUUGUAAUGGAAGCGUGUGGAUUUCCAUGCUAGAAGUCGAAGAAAGAUUGGACUAUCUAGAAGAAUAUCAGAGUUUAGUUACAAAUUCUGAAACCAUGGGCAUUGAGAUCUUUACCAUCCCUAAGGUGGGACUCUUUGCAGCAACUGCAAAUCGGUACACGCCUCGUGGCUCAGCCAUCUACAAAUGGACGGAUGAAAAAUUUGUGGCUUACCAAAAUGUCCCCACCUACCAAGCCCAAUCCUGGAAAUUCUUCACUAUUGGAAAAAAGAUUUUCCUUGCCGUGGCUAAUUUCGAACAGAAUGAAAGGGGGCAGGAGUUUUCUGUAAUCUACAAAUGGAACUACAGAAAAGAGAAAUUCAUUGUGUACCAGAGGAUCGCCACACACAGUGCUCGGGACUGGGAGGCAUUCGCCAUUGAUGGAGAGGCCUUCCUUGCAGUGGCAAAUCACAGGAAAGGAGAUAACCACAAUAUAGACAGUGUCGUAUACAGGUGGAACUCCAGGAUGGGCCUUUUUGAAGCCAACCAGACCAUUCCUACCUCAGGAGCCUAUGACUGGGAAUUUUUCAGUAUCGGUCCUUAUUCCUUCCUGGUGGUGGCCAAUACAUUUAAUGGAACAUCCACCAAGAUCUACUCUCACAUCUACAUUUGGCUCAGUGGAUCCUUCCAGCUCUUUCAGUCAAUUUUGACUUUUGGUGCUGCCGACUGGGAGGUCUUUCACAUCCAAGACAGAGUCUUUCUCGCUGUGGCAAACAGUCACAGCUAUGACAGUAGCCCUGUUGCCCCGGACAAUGACUUUGCCAUCAAUUCUUCCAUCUAUGAGCUUAACAUCACUGCACAGAUGUUUGUCAAGUUCCAGGACAUUCCUACUUACAGUGCUCUGGACUGGGAGUUCUUUUCAGUGGGAGAAGAUCAUUUUUUGGUGGUAGCAAAUUCCUAUGAUGGAGUGACCUUCUCUGUAAACAGUAUUAUUUACAGAUGGCAAGGAUAUGAAGGCUUUGUAGCAGUUCAUCAUCUUCCAACACUAGGCUGUAGGGACUGGGAAGCUUUCAACACUACAACUGGCUCAUACCUCAUGUAUUCGAGUGCAAGGGAACCACUCUCCAAGGUGCUGAAGCUGAAAACCUUUUGAUCUGGAAAGAGAUGCCUUGAUUUGCUGCAAACUAGGGGCAAGCCUGGACCUGGGAGCAACUGCCCUGCCUACUCAGGGCUAGAAUGAGGAAUGAUGGACCUUGGAGUCACUCCAGUGGAUGCCACAGUUGCCUUAGGAUCAAUGCCACCAGGCUGAGUGUGAGGCUUUUGGGGGUCCGUUUUUAAGCCCUCUUUCUACUAUAGUAUUCCUGGAGUGGGCUAGGAAUAUAAAUUAGAACUGGCCUUUGAUACUAGAAAAUACAGUGACUUUGCUUCAUCCCACCACACACCCACACACACUUCCAAACCCUGAAGAGCUGCUAAUGUAAUCUACACC